AUGCGUAAGGAUGGAGAUCGUCUACCAUUUGUUUAUGUGAUUUUGUGGAAGGGAAAAUUUCGCCACGAGAUAUUGGCUUUGAUGACUUUGACAUGCAUGCCUACUUUUGAUGAUAAUUUAAAUGAUAGUGGUAAUGAAGGUAGCAACUUUGGGGAUGUUGAAGAUGACACGGAAGAGACAUCAUUGUUUGUUAGGGUCCAUUGCGCUGAUGAUGAUGAUGUGGGCGAGAAGACCCCUAAUAUUGAUAUUGCUUCGAUUUUUGUGAAUAAUGAUGAGAAUGGGAAUGGUGGUGAUGAAAGAGAGUCUUUUAUUUGUCAUACGAGAGACAGGGGUUCAAUCACUUAUGUCGCCCUUGCAGCUGUUUCGUCUGGUGGGGAUGAUAGUAGUGGAGUUGGUAACAAAGCCGAAUUCUUGGUUCAAGAUGCCUCCGAGGAGAAACAGGACACCCGCCAAUGUUCAUUAACAAGAGUUGGAAGAGCAUCUUAUGGCACAAAUAGAGGAGAGGAUGGAUCAGAUAGUUGGUCAAUUGACUGGAUGGAUGGUCGAACUAAUGAAUCUAGGAGGUCGAAGGUGUCGAACUCAUUCGCAGGUGUAAAAUGA